UAGGGAUAAAAAGAUCCAUGCCGAGAUAUCGGAUACAGACUGAUUGAUGAGCUAGUACAUUGAAAUAAUUCAAGGAAGUCUUAUCUGAAAGAAUGAGAUCUGUAGGUGUCCUGCUGAUGCUGUGUGCACUGGCUGCACUGGCUCAUUCCUACUGUUGGCACGUGGACUACAUCCAAGGAGACAAAUGUGAGGAUGAAGUUGAUAAAACCAUCCAUACUAUUGGAACAACAUGGACAAACAGCAGAUGUCACCAGUGUAUCUGCAGUUCUGGUUCGAUGAGUUGCUGUGACCAAAUGGGAAGAGUAAUAGAUUUACCUGCUGACUGUGAGGUGGUGUAUGACUGGAAGCAAUGCAACUUUAGAGUUGUUGAAAAGAAUGAUAAAAUUACUCCUUGCCGUGAGGCCGGGUCCAUCACAGCAGUUGGGAAGUGAUCCCUUUUUUAUGAAUGAAAGCAUUCCAUAAGUCAUUAAAAAGAACAUUUAAGCAUCUAA